UUUAACUGAAGAAAUUAACUACCUCACUCAGCUACUAUUACCAUUCGGCAUUUUCCUCCACUUUCUUCUGCUUUCUCUGAGCUGAGCUCGGUCCUCUGAUGGCGAUGGCUUCUUCUCCUCUUCACUGACAAACUCUCUAUCUCUCUCUGAGCAAACUAUACAUAUACAGUACAGGUGGGAGUAAAUAAUUAUAUAUUUAUAUAUAUCAUCAUCAUCAAUUUUUGCCGGAAAAUGACGACGGUGACGAGUAAUGGAGGUUCGAAUUCAAGUACUCCAAGCCCUAGCUCAACCCCAAAUCUCACCAGUAGACCGGAGCUGCCACCGGUUCUCAAGAGAUCGAAAACAAUCUCGGAGGAGACGCGGACCCCACACUUCCCUGGCCCACUGUUCCCCGCUGUCCGUCGCGUCUCUACCUCCCCUCCCUCCUCAAACAACCGCACUACCUCCGCCUCCUCCUCCGAAGUUUCUAGCGCCACCACUGUCUCCUCCUCCUCCUCUGUCUCCGACCAGGCCUUCAAUUUUGCGGAUCGGGACUAUGUGUACCCUUCAUUUCUCGGUCCUUACGCUACUCGAAGCCGAGUUGCCGCAAAAUCUGCUGCACACAAUAGUAAUAGCACUGAGCGGCAGGUGACGGGGCAAUUUUCGGCUCGUAUGCCGUCUAAUUUGAAUGUGGAUGUUGGUAAUAGACUGGACUCCGUCCGCAGUAUUGCUGCCCUUCCUCCUGCUCCUCGGCCGGCGAAACUCAAGUCGGAUCCUUCCAAGCCCAAAUCCAUGGCCAAGCUGAAAGGUGAAAAGGAUCUGAAUUCCUUGUCAGUUCAAGUACCGGUUACUUCGUCUUCGUUGUCAUCUAGUACGACGGCUAGUUCCAGUUCUUACAGUCCUCGGAAACCUCCCGGACAUACAAGUUCUUGGGUUCUUAAUUUGCUUAAAUUGAUUUGUACAUUGCCUACACCUUAUGCAAUCUACUUGCAAAAUAAAGUGGGUAUUCUUCAGGAAGAAAUUGGUGAUCUUCGUAGACUAUGUAGCACUGGAAGUGCUGUUGGCAGUCACAGCAUUAACCUUGUGGAGUUAGGAAAUGUAUUUUCAUUUUCGUUUUUUGGUAACACUGACAGUAGAAAGCUUGCCCUUUAUAUGGUUGCGUGCACACUUAUCACGCCAUUUUUAGUGUACAAAUAUCUUGAUUGCACUCCACCAAUAAAGAACCCUUCAAAGGGGACAAGAGAUAGCAAUGAGGAGGUUCCACUGAAGAAGAGAAUUGCUUAUAUGGUGGAUGUUUGUUUCUCUGUCUAUCCUUAUGCAAAGCUACUUGCACUUCUUUUUGCCACACUAUUUCUCAUUGGAUUUGGAGGCUUGGCAAUAUAUGCUGUCAGUGAUGGCAGCUUUACUGAAGCUCUUUGGCUCUCUUGGAGCUUCGUGGCAGACUCGGGAAAUCAUGCUGAUAUGGUUGGUUCUGGGCCACGGAUUGUUUCAGUUUCUAUUAGUUCAGGAGGCAUGCUUAUAUUUGCCAUGAUGCUAGGGCUUGUUUCAGAUGCUAUUUCAGAAAAAGUGGAUUCAUUGCGUAAAGGCAAGAGUGAGGUUAUUGAAAGCAACCAUAUACUUAUUCUUGGAUGGAGUGACAAACUGGGUUCCCUUCUGAAGCAAUUAGCAAUAGCAAAUAAGAGCAUAGGUGGUGUUGUUGUUGUUGUACUUGCAGAAAGAGACAAGGAGGAAAUGGAGAUGGACAUAGCAAAGCUUGAAUUUGACUUCAUGGGUACAUCAGUUAUAUGUAGAAGUGGCAGUCCUCUUAUACUUGCUGACUUGAAAAAGGUUUCAGUCUCAAAGGCACGUGCAAUCAUUGUCUUGGCAUCUAAUGAGAAUGCAGAUCAGAGUGAUGCACGUGCCUUGAGGGUUGUGCUUAGCCUUGCAGGAGUAAAAGAGGGAUUGAGAGGUCACGUUGUCGUGGAAAUGAGUGAUCUUGAUAACGAACCUCUAGUAAAGCUUGUUGGAGGAGAACUGAUUGAAACAGUUGUAGCACAUGAUGUGAUUGGUCGGUUGAUGAUACAGUGUGCUCUCCAACCUGGCCUUGCACAGAUAUGGGAAGACAUUUUGGGGUUUGAAAAUGCAGAAUUUUAUAUCAAAAGGUGGCCUCAACUGGAUGGUUUACAUUUCGAAGAUGUGUUGGUAUCAUUUCCUGAUGCAAUUCCUUGUGGAGUCAAGGUUGCUGCAGAGGGUGGCAAGAUAAUCAUUAAUCCUGAAGAUAAAUAUGUUCUAAAAGAAGGUGAUGAGAUUCUUGUCAUAGCCGAGGAUGAUGACACCUAUGCCCCAGGUCCCUUACCAGAGGUAAGUCGGGGCCUUUGUCCUAGAAUGAUUGAACCUCCAAAAUAUCCGGAGAAAAUACUUUUUUGUGGCUGGCGGCGUGACAUAGAUGAUAUGAUUAUGGUAAUUGUAUGAAUCU